CUUGGCCAUCAGCCUGUCACCCUCACUGGCCACCAUGCUGGUGUUGGGGCUCCUUGUGGUCAUACUGGCCUACCUGAGCGUCAUGGUCUUGAUGUCUGUCUGGCAGAAGAAAUCCAGGGGAAAACUCCCUCCAGGACCCACUCCUUUGCCUUUCAUUGGGAACUACCUGCAACUGAAUACAAAAGACAUUUAUAGUUCCAUCACAGAGCUCAGUGAGCAUUAUGGCCCUGUGUUCACCAUCCACCUUGGGCCUCGUCGUGUGGUGGUGCUGUACGGAUAUGAUGCCGUCAAAGAGGCUUUGGUCGACCAAGCUGAAGAAUUCAGCGGACGAGGAGAGCAGGCCACCUAUAACACACUCUUCAAAGGCUAUGGGGUGACGUUCAGCAGCGGGGAGCGAGCCAGACAACUCAGGCGCUUCACCCUGGCUACACUGAGAGACUUCGGCGUGGGCAAGCGUGGUGUGGAGGAGCGCAUCCAGGAGGAGGCGGGCUGUUUGAUCCAGAGGCUGCAGGCCACGUGCGGAGCCCCCAUUGACCCCACCUUCUACCUGAGCAAAACUGCCUCCAACAUCAUUAGCUCCAUCAUCUUCGGGGACCGUUUCGGCUAUGAGGACAAGGAGUUCUUGUCACUGCUGCGGAUGAUGAAUCAGAUGAACAGAUUCGCAGCUUCCCGCACGGGGCAGCUCUACGACAUGUUCCAUUCAGUGAUGAGGUACCUGCCAGGACCACAGCAACAGAUCAUCAAGUACACGCAGGAACUGGAAGAUUUCAUGAUAAGGAAAGUGAAGCAGAACCAGAGUACCCUGGACCUCAAUUCCCCACGGAACUUCAUUGACUCCUUUCUCAUCCACAUGCAGGAGCAGAAGAAGGACCUCAGUUCAGAGUUUCACAUGAAGAACCUGGUGAUGACAUCACUAAGCCUGUUCUUUGCCGGGUCUGAGACUGUCAGCUCCACGCUGCGCUAUGGCUUCCUGCUGCUCAUGAAGCACCCAGAUGUGGAGGCCAAGGUCCAUGAGGAGAUUGAGCGGGUGAUUGGCAGGAACCGACAGCCCCAGUAUGAGGACCGCCUGAAGAUGCCCUACACCGAGGCUGUGAUCAACGAGAUCCAGAGAUUUUCUAACUUUGCUCCCUUGGGCAUUCCUCGAAGGAUUACCAAGAACACCACAUUCCGUGGCUUCUUCCUCCCCAAGGGCACUGAAGUGUUCCCUAUACUAGGUUCUCUGAUGACAGACCCAGAGUUCUUCCCUGGUCCCAAAGAUUUCAACCCCCAGCACUUCCUGGAUGACAAGGGGCAGCUGAAGAAGAACGCUGCUUUUCUGCCCUUUUCCACAGGAAAGCGGAUCUGUUUGGGAGAUGGCCUGGCUAAGAUGGAGCUCUUCCUCUUCCUCACCACCAUCUUGCAGAACUUCCGUUUCAAGUUCCCAAAGAGGCUUGAAGACAUUGAUGAAUCUCCCAAACCCUUGGGAUUUACGAGGAUCAUACCAAAAUACACCAUGAGCUUCCUCCCCAUCUGAUUCUGGGUUGAAGCAAGGUGGGGCAAGAGGGAGGGGGACACUGGAGUAGAGCCAGAGCGAAGGGAGAAGGGAAAAACUGCACGUUAAGAAGAGAUCACAUGCAGAGAAGAGACAGAAAAGACUACUCACUUUGCUAAAAUCGUGACGGUAAUAAAAAAAAAAAAACAAACCUGUAGUGGGCAGUGGUAAUAGCAGCUGUCACUCACUGAGCAAGGGUUGGGUUGUUUGUCAGCUCCUGAAAUGUUGCCCAUCACCCAUCAUUCAGUACUUUAAACAAGAGCAGUCCCAAGCCCAGUGUGUACAUCACAAAGGAGGAGCUUAGAAAUCUGAGUCUAAGCUGAGGUUUAAAAGACUCAGGUUAGCUCAGCUCGGGGCACUGGGACUUUAUCCUCAGCAUUCAGGAGGGAGAGGAAGGUGAGUCUCUAGGAGGCCAGCCAUAAUUAUAUACCUUGUCUCAAAAAAGCACUAUGCCAACCAGAAGAGACAUAGUUUAAAUUCAGUUCUCACAGACCGUAAGAGUCCAGUAGAUAUUUAAACACAGAUUUGUAGCCACAGUCUUUUGGUCAGGUUUUUGUUAUAGUUGUUUUGUUUUGUUGUUUAUUUUUGUCUUGUACAUCUGUCUGUCUGUUUGGGGUAUUUUACUUACAUUUAUUUAUGAGUGUGGGUAGUAGAACAUGCCAGGGCUCACGUUUGGAGACCAAAGGACACCUUUUUGAAGUAUUUUCUCUUCUUACAAUAUGUGGGUCUCAGGACUUGAACUCGGGUUGUCAGUCUUGACAGCAUGCACUUUUACCUAUUGAGCCAUCUAACUGGCCCAUGUGGGCAAUUUCUUAAUGUCAUCCUUUCCUCAACUGAAACAUCAGGGACUUGGGAUAUUAUAGCACAUCCUGAAUAAUCCCGUCUGAGGUGUUUUAUUCCCACAGCCCUGGCAGGCAACUGAUUUAGAUCCAACACACACUUUCCAACAGUCUUGCUUUCUCAUAUACACCUUGAUCACUGGGGCACGUGGGCCCUACCCCCUGAGCCAGGUGAGGUCACUGUGUCUGACUCAGUCACUCUGGGGGAUGGGAAUAGAAACACCUUGACAGAAAUCCAGGAGAACAAUGAAUUAUCACAGAUCAGCGAGGAUGUGCCUGUCCAUGGAUGAGGUGGCCUAUUCUUCUCUGCCACAUGCCCAUAUUCUCUGCAUGGGUUUCUGAAGGAGGGGUCUCUGGAGCUCGGCUAAAGGGCUUGGAUAAAAAGCCAUAGAAUCUCUUGCCUGCUCCCUCAUGAAUCAGUGUAAAACUAUAAGAGACAAGAUACAUGGCACCAUCUGAACAGCUGGAUACAUCUGCCUGGGACCCAUUUGCUUAGUAAAGCAUAUGCUGCAUACAGGGAUGAAGAAAUAUCUAAGAACAUUAGAUUGUCAGUUGUGAUGGUUACUCUUGGUUGUCAACUUGACCACACCAUCAAUUAACUAAAACUCAAGGGCUGGGCAUACCUCUGAGGGGUUUUUCUUGAUUGAAUCAUUUGAAGUGGGAAGACCCAUUCUAAAUCCAGGUCUUUGGAGGUAGAAAGAUUCACCUUAAAAAUGAGCCAUGCCUUCUAUGGAAGCCUAUCUGAGAAACAUGGAAUAAGGAAGCUCUUGCUCUUUGCCUUCUUGUCCUCACUCUCUCUCUGACAAGUCUAUCCCUUCACUGGCAUGAAAGUCUACUUCUUUGGGAUUCCACCACAUACUGAAGACCUGCUAGGGACAUCCAGACUCUUGAAAUAAACAAGUACUGAAUUCACCGACCCUUUGAUAGUAGACAGCCAUUGUUGGAUUAGCUGGACCACAGCCUGUAAGCCAUUCUAAUAUACAUAAAUAUGUAUUUAUUAGAUAUCUAAUUUAUAUGUAUUUAUAUAAUAUAGAGGUAUAUCGAUAGAGAGAAAAAGAGAUUUAUUCUAUCAGUUCUGUUUCUUUAGAGCAGUGGUUCUCAAACUCCCUAAUGCUGAGAAACUUUAAUAUGAUUCCUUGUGUUAUGGUGACCAUAAGAUUACUUUGUUGCGAAUUCAUAAUUGUAAUUUUGCACUGUUGUGAUAUGCUGGACAUCUGAUAUGCGACUCCUGUAAGGGUUGUGACCUACAGGUUGAAAAUAACUGCUCUAGAGACCCCUGACAAAUAUAUAAGAGAUUCUGGAGCAAUAGAAGUGUAAGUGUUGGGAUCUGUAAACAGGCAUCUCUACGGCCAUUCCCAAGGGACCUGACAAACCGUAUAUCAGGCAUCUGUGAAGCUACCUACAGACCACCUGAUGCCACCUGCGCAUGCUCAGGGUCCCCUUAUAUGAGAACUCAAAGCCCCUCCUCUCACUCUCUUUCUCUCCUGCCCUGCCCAGAGGCAGUCUCUGUGACCCCUUCCCCUUCCCUUCCCUUUUUCCUUCCCCCUGUCCUUUACCCUUCCUUUUCCCCUUCCCUUAAUAAAUCUCCCAAGUGGAACCAGUUACAC